AUGAGUAAUGGAGUGUCAAAAACUCGGAUACGCAGUUUUGGUAUCUUCGAAGGCCAAACAUUUUCUCAUCUCCCAGAAAGAGGAAAGAUACAGAAAAUGAGGGGGCGUUUCACUCAGAAUCCGUUAAUUCUGUCAACGUUUCCGUUAGAAAUUCGCGCCAGAACUCAUCUUCUCUCCAAAUUCCACACCAGAAAAACAAUUCCAUCAAAAAUCACUUGUAUUCCUCUCGACAACUCUCAAACAACCACAAAUCAACAGCAAAUCAACCUCUCUGUUCUUCGCUUCACUCUCGGAAUACCUGGCUUGGACGAAUCAUACUUACCCAGAUACAUUGGCUAUGCUUUUGGUUCGCUUUUGCUGUUGAACCAUUUCGUGGGUUCGGAUUUGGCCACAAUAACGCCAGCACAGCUUAGAACAGAGGUGUUGGGACUCUCUUUGGCCGCAUUCUCAGUUGUGCUUCCCUACCUUGGAAAAUUUCUCAAGGGUGCUACUGCAGUGGAUAAAAUAGUUCUCCCUGAAGGGGCUGUGCAAAUUUUUCUCAUGUCCCAAAAUAUUUUAGACACUCUGAAGGAGGAUUUGGCUUGGGGAACAUACAUUCUGUUGCGCAAUACAAAAACCGUAUCUGUGCUCAUAUUGAUUCAAGAUGCAUUAUGCGUGCGUGGUUAUUGGAAUACACCUGAGGAGAUAUCAAAAAGUCAUGCACUUGACUGGUUUAAGGAACAGAUUGAACGUGUUGGCCUCUCUACUUUGAAGGAUACCCUUUAUUUUCCCCAGAAUGCAGGUGUUUUCUAGCUUAUCCUUUUUCUACGUUGUCACUUAAGGAAAUAAUUAUAACACUUGUUUGUCUAUUUUCAACACUAUGGUUCUACAUGACAGGGAAUCAUGAGAUGUCAUUGUUUAUUCUUAAGGCAUCCUGCAUAGUUUUUUCUGCUUCCAUGUGAGCUGCAACGACAACAUAUCAGCAAAUGAAACCUUGUAAUAUAGAGAAACACAAGUAUCUGCAUUUCAAAAAGAAAUUUAAGUUUCAAUAUGGUGGUUUUGUGCAUUCCUGAUCGCUUCGUUUUUUUGCUGUGGCUUGCACCCACCUCUCCCCUCUCAAUUGUCAUCUGGCUUGCUUCCGUGCCCGGCCAAUCAUACUGAAACUGUAAUAUUACUGAUCCAUUCUCUGUGGCAUGUGUUAGGAAGUGCUUUAUUGACCAAAAUGGAGAAACUAUUCUUCUUCCAAUGGGUACAGUUUCGGUGAGGUAUCACAUGUACUCAAAGAGUUUGUUUGCUGGACCCUGAUAUGAGGCAUUUGCAAUAGGAAAUUUUAAACACUUGGAGGAAUUGACUAAUUUAUCUUCUUUUUGUUUUCAAAUUAUUUUGAUAGAACAGUUCAAGAUUUCAAUGAGUUGUUAUACGUUAAUUGAUGCAGGACAUAGUCCUGGGGAAUUUAUAACUCUUAUGAUCUGUUUAUAGCUCAUCUUGUCUAUGGGAAGCUUGUUGGGCUAUGAUUUCAAGAGGUAGAAGAAAGAUUGUAGGCUUCCAAAAUGAAAGGAUUGCUAUCUGAAACUGUUGGGUAGCAAACCCAAGUAGUUGGUUUACUACUGCCUUGAGUUUAGUUGGCUUUUUUGGGAGGUAGUAUAGUGGGGCAGCCUAAUUAUGAUGUCAUGUUUAAACAAAAGCUGUGAUUUUGUUUCAAGGCCGGAAAUAUUGAAAUGCAUCCAAAUGUGCCUUUAACAGAGAUCUUCUAUGCAAGUAGUUUUUAAUUGUACCAAGGAAUGCUAAUGCAUUUUUCAUAUAAGCAUUUGCUGUUGAUGGAAACUGAAGUUCUAGAUUCUGGUUUUAUGAGUGCUUGGAUACGAUUCCAUAGCUAUAUGUAAUAGAAACUGCCACUGUGUCAUGGUUUCAUAAUCAGUAUGUUUGUGUCGUAUUUGCCUCAGAUUCUGACCUCUGGGAGAUGCUUCCCAGGGGAACUCGUUCUGUGCUUGUACAACCGGUGCUUCAAACGUCAAAC